GUUUUACAUAGAGAAAAUUGAAAUACUUGUAGAGAUUAUUCAAUGAUGGAAGAAGCAUUGAAAGAAUCAGACGGCAACUUUAUGGUUUACAUUCAUCCAUCGAAGGCCAAUCAAAUAUCUAAAGCCAUUCUUCGCCAAUUUAGUUCUUUGUUAUUCCAAUUUAAUCAGACUUUUGAUGGUGUUCUAUUGAGUUAUGAUGUUAUUGAAACUGAUAAUCAAGUUGCAAAGAUCCUUCCUGGCAUUCAUCCUUACUUUUGUGUGAAUCUAAGAACAAAACUGUUACUUUUUCAUCCUAAACCAAACAUGCUUUUAGAGGGUAAAGUGUUGAAACUUAGUCAACAGUCCAUUCAUGUAGUUGUUCUUGGAUUCUUAUCUGCUGUUAUAACAGAGGAGGACAUUUCCAAAGAUUUCAGAUACAGAAUUAAGCAUGAUAAGGAAUUCUUUGCUAAGAAAUCUGAUAAGCGCCAUAGGAUUGAAGUUGGGACGUUUGUAAGGUUCUCAGUGAAAAGUUUCGACAAAGAGAUGCUCCACAUUUCUGGUUCUUUGGCUUCUGAAGAAACAGGCAAUCUCUGUCGGUUGAAUACAAAUUCGAAAGAGCAUUCACACUCAAAUAGGAAGACUAAAAAGCGGAAAGAAUGUGAGGGACAGUUGGAAAUACCAGAGAAGGAAAAUGACACAGAUCAUCGGAAUAAGAAAUCAAAGAGGUAGAGAACAACUAGUGCAUAAAAAUGUUGGAACAUUUGGUUAAGAUGCUCUAUUUUUAACAGUUUGUGUAUAACUCGUUUAUGAUCAAAAUACUAAAGCCCAUAAUAAAAAAUUCAAGAUUCUUUCAUAGGACGAGCCUUAGACAUUUUGUUAACGAUUAAUAGACAUCAGUUGAAUCAUUUGCCUACAUAUCAUUGUUGGACUCAAUAGGAUUUAAGUUACUAUUGUUUUCCUUGGUUUGAUAUUUCUUUGGGUGUUUGCCAGAUUCCUUCAUAAUCAAUAAUUCCAGAUUUGAUUUUCUUGAUGUACUUCUUUCUUUCUAUUUCAUUGUCCAUUUAGGAACACUUCAGUUUUAGUGAUUGUUUUUAAUUUGAAUCUAGAUAUAAGAAUACUACUACAAAGUGUUUGAAAAUGGGGUCAUUGAAUAUAAUUAGCUUUAUUAUGAGUUUCAGUUUGAUAUACCUUCAGCUGCAUCUAUUUUGUAGUUUUGAUUAUUAAAUUUAGAGAUUGGUAAAUGGUUUUCUACAUGUGUAAGUGUAGAUGGAUCUGAUUUAAUGUUUUUAGUAAUAGAGUUAGUUGACAAAGUGGUGUUGGAUUAUGUUUAUAGAUGGAACCACCCAUACAAACUAUUUUAUUUCCUGCACAUAUAUUGUAAAUGUUGUAUUUUUUAUAUUAUUCAAUCAAUGAAAA